GCCGCUCUAGGCCGGCGGCUGCUCUCUAUGGUAGGGAGGGAAAUGUGUUGUCAUCGGCAGAGCGACGGCCGGAGGCUGCGGCGGAGGCCCCGGCGGGGCGUUUGGUUUCGGUUUGGCCCUGACAGGAAUUACUGUUGACGGUCGAAAUGGGAGUCCCCAAGUUUUACCGAUGGAUCUCGGAGCGAUAUCCCUGCCUCAGCGAAGUGGUGAAAGAGCAUCAGAUUCCUGAAUUUGACAACUUGUACCUGGAUAUGAAUGGAAUUAUACAUCAAUGCUCCCAUCCUAAUGAUGAUGAUGUUCACUUCAGGAUUUCAGAUGAUAAAAUCUUUACUGAUAUUUUUCACUACUUGGAGGUGUUGUUUCGCAUUAUUAAACCUAGGAAGGUGUUCUUUAUGGCUGUUGAUGGUGUGGCUCCUCGAGCAAAAAUGAACCAGCAGCGUGGGAGGCGUUUUAGGUCAGCAAAGGAGGCAGAGGACAAAACAAAAAAGGCAAUAGAAAAGGGAGAAACUCUUCCUACAGAGGCCAGAUUUGAUUCCAACUGUAUUACACCAGGGACUGAAUUUAUGGCCAGGUUACAUGAACAUCUGAAGUAUUUUGUAAAUAUGAAAAUUUCUACAGACAAGUCGUGGCAAGGAGUUACUAUCUACUUCUCAGGCCAUGAGACUCCCGGGGAAGGAGAGCAUAAAAUCAUGGAAUUUAUCAGAUCCGAGAAAGCAAAGCCAGAUCAUGAUCCAAACACCAGACACUGUCUUUAUGGUUUAGAUGCUGAUUUGAUUAUGCUUGGAUUAACAAGUCAUGAGGCACAUUUUUCUCUCUUAAGAGAAGAAGUUCGAUUUGGUGGCAAAAAAACACAAAGGGUAUGUGCACCAGAAGAAACCACAUUUCACCUCCUACAUUUGUCUUUAAUGAGAGAGUAUAUUGACUAUGAGUUUUCAGUAUUAAAAGAAAAGAUCACAUUUAAAUAUGAUAUUGAAAGGAUAAUAGAUGAUUGGAUUUUGAUGGGAUUUCUUGUGGGCAAUGAUUUUAUACCACACCUACCUCAUUUACAUAUUAGUCAUGAUGCACUGCCACUUCUUUAUGGAACAUAUAUUACCAUCCUGCCAGAGCUUGGAGGUUAUAUUAAUGAAAGUGGGCAUCUCAACUUACCUCGAUUUGAAAAAUACCUUGUGAAACUAUCAGAUUUUGAUCGAGAGCAUUUCAGUGAAGUUUUUGUGGACCUAAAGUGGUUUGAAAGCAAAGUUGGUAACAAGUACCUCAAUGAAGCAGCAGGUGUCGCAGCAGAAGAAGCCAAGAACUACAAGGAAAAGAAAAAAUCAAAGGGCCAAGAAAAUUCUAUAUGUUGGGCUGCUUUAGACAAAAAUGAAGGUGAAGUGGUAACUUCUAAGGAUAUUUUAGAAGAUGAGACUGAAGAUGAUGACCUAUUUGAAACUGAGUUUAGACAAUAUAAAAGAACAUAUUACAUGACGAAGAUGGGGGUUGACAUAGUGUCUGAUGAUUUUCUGGCUGAUCAAGCUGCAUGUUAUGUUCAGGCAAUACAGUGGAUUUUGCACUAUUACUAUCAUGGAGUUCAGUCCUGGAGCUGGUAUUAUCCCUAUCAUUAUGCACCUUUCCUAUCUGAUAUCCGCAAUAUCAGUACACUGAAAAUCCAUUUUGAACUAGGAAAACCUUUUAAGCCAUUUGAACAGCUUCUUGCUGUACUUCCAGCAGCUAGCAAAAAUUUACUUCCUACGUGCUACCAGCAUUUGAUGACCAGUGAAGACUCACCAAUUAUAGAAUAUUAUCCACCUGAUUUUAAAACUGACCUAAAUGGAAAACAACAGGAAUGGGAAGCUGUGGUAUUAAUACCUUUUAUUGAUGAGAAGCGAUUGUUGGAAGCCAUGGAGACAUGUAACCACUCCCUCAAAAAGGAAGAGAGGAAAAGAAACCAACAUAGUGAGUGCCUAAUGUGCUGGUAUGAUAGAGACACAGAAUUCACCUACCCCUCUCCAUGGCCAGAAAAGUUUCCUGCCGUAGAACGAUGUUGUACAAGGUACAAAAUAAUAUCAUUAGAUGCUUGGCGUGUUGAUAUAAACAAGAACAAAAUAACCAGAGUUAACCAGAAGGCAUUAUAUUUCUGUGGAUUUCCUACUCUGAAACAUAUCAAACACAAAUUUUUUUUGAAGAAAAGUGGUGUUCAGGUAUUCCAGCAAAGCAGUCGUGGAGAAAACAUGAUGUUGGAAGUCUUAGUGAAUGCAGAACCAGAUGAACUUAGUAUAGAAGAUGUAGCUUCAUCGGUGCUUGGAAAGUCUGUCUUUGUUAAUUGGCCUCACCUUGAAGAAGCUCGAGUUGUAGCUAUAUCAGAUGGAGAAACAAAGUUUUAUUUGGAAGAACCUCCAGGAACACAGAAACUUUAUUCAGGAAGAACUGCUCCACCAUCUAAAGUGGUCCAUCUUGGAGAUAAAGAACAAUCUAACUGGACAAAAGAAGUACAAGGCAUUUCAGAACACUACCUGAAAAGAAAGGGAAUAAUAAUAAAUGAAACAUCUGCAGUUGUGUAUGCUCAGUUACUCACAGGUCGUAAAUAUCAAAUAAAUCAAAAUGGUGAAGUUCGUCUAGAGAAACAGUGGUCCAAACAAGUUCUUCCUUUUGUUUAUCAAACUAUUGUCAAGGACAUCCGAGCUUUCGACUCUCGUUUCUCCAAUAUCAAAACAUUGGAUGAUUUGUUUCCUCCUAGAAGUACGGUCUUUAUGCUGGGAACCCCCUAUUAUGGCUGCACUGGAGAAGUUCAGGAUUCAGGUGAUGUGAUUACAGAAGGUAGGAUUCGUGUGGUUUUCAGCAUUCCAUGUGAACCCAAUCUUGAUGCUUUAAUACAGAACCAACAUAAAUAUUCUAUAAAGUACAACCCAGGAUAUGUGUUGGCCAGUCGCCUUGGAGUGAAUGGUUACCUUGUUUCAAGGUUUACAGGAAGUAUUUUUAUUGGAAGAGGAUCUAGGCGAAACCCUCAUGGAGACCAUAAAGCAAAUGUGGGUUUAAAUCUCAAAUUCAACAAAAAAAAUGAGGAGGUACCUGGAUAUACUAAGAAAGUUGGAAGUGAAUGGAUGUAUUCAUCUGCAGCAGAACAACUUCUGGCAGAGUACUUAGAGAGAGCUCCAGAACUAUUUAGUUAUAUAGCCAAAAAUAGCCAAGAGGAUGUGUUCUAUGAAGAUGACAUUUGGCCUGGAGAAAAUGAGAAUGGUGCUGAGAAAGUUCAAGAAAUUAUUACUUGGCUAAAAGGACAUCCUGUCAGUACUUUGUCUCGUUCCUCUUGUGAUUUACAAAUUCUGGAUGCAGCUAUUGUUGAGAAAAUUGAGGAAGAAGUUGAAAAGUGCAAGCAAAGGAAGAAUAGUAAGAAGGUGCGAGUGACAGUGAAGCCUCAUUUGCUAUACAGACCUUUAGAACAGCAACAUGGAGUCAUUCCUGAUCGGGAUGCAGAGUUUCGUCUCUUUGACCGUGUUGUAAAUGUGAGAGAGAACUUUUCAGUUCCAGUUGGCCUUCGGGGCACCAUCAUUGGAAUUAAAGGGGCUAAUAGAGAAGCUGAUGUACUAUUUGAAGUAUUAUUUGAUGAAGAAUUUCCUGGAGGCUUAACAAUAAGGUGCUCACCUGGUAGAGGUUAUCGACUGCCAACAAGUGCCUUGGUGAACCUAUCUCAUGGGAGUCGCUCUGAGACUGGAAAUCAGAAGUUGACAGCCAUUGUGAAACCACAACCAGCUGUGAAUCACUAUAGCUUAAAUUCAUCAAUUUCAUAUGGGCAUUUGGGAGGCCUCAACCAUUCCCCUCAAUCACUUUUUGUUCCUACUCAAGUACCUACUAAAGAUGAUGAUGAAUUUUGCAACAUUUGGCAGUCCUUACAGGGAUGUGGAAAGAUUCAACACUUUCAGCCAACUAUACAAGAGAAAGAUGCAGUUCUACCUCAAGAAAUAAGUCAAGUAAAUCAACAUCAUAAAUCUGGCUUUAAUGACAACAGUGUUAAAUAUCAACAAAGAAAACAUGACCCUCACAGAAAAUUUAAAGAAGAGUGUAAGAGUCCUAAAGCUGAGUGUCGGUCACAAAAAAUGUCCAAUAAACAGCCUAACUCUGGAAUUGAGAACUUUUUAGCAUCCUUGAAUAUCUCCAAAGAAAAUGAAGUAUGCUCAUCUCGUCACAGAGAGCCUUCAAGUGAAGAGCACUUGUCACCACAGUCAUUUGCUAUGAAGGGAACACGGAUGCUUAAAGAAAUUCUAAAAAUUGAUGGCUCUGACACUGUGGACCAUAAGAAUGAAAUGAAACAGUUUGGUAAUGAAGUCACUGUUUCCUCUCAUAGAAGAAAUGAAUAUGGACUGUCCUCACAGCCUAAACAAAAUAAGAAAUUAACAUCUUAUAUGAACAAGCCUCACAAUGCUAAUGAGUACCAUAAUGUUCAGUCUAUGGACAAUGUAUGUUGGCCGGCUCCUGGCCAGAUCCCACCUGUGUCCACACCAGUAACUGAACUUUCUCGAAUUUGUUCCUUUGUUGGAAUGCCACAACCGGAUUUCUCCUUUCUUAGGACACCACAGACAAUGACAGUUUGCCAGGUAAAAUUAUCGAAUGGUUUACUGGUACAUGGGCCACAAUGCCACUCUGAAAACGAAGCCAAGGAGAAAGCUGCACUUUUUGCUUUACAACAAUUGGGCUCUUUAGGGGUGAAUUUGCCUUUGCCUCCACCAAUAUUUUCAAAUUAUCCUCCUGCUGUACCACCUGGGACCAUUCCUCCAGUUUUUCCCCAGCCUACUGCUAAUAUAAUGCCUUCGCCAUCUCAUCUCUUUGGCUCAAUGCCGUGGGGACCACCAGUGCCAGUUCAUGGGAAGCCUUUCCAUCAUACUUCAUAUUCUGGAACCAUGCCCAUGGCUGGGGGAAUGCCAGCUGGUGUGCACAGUCAGUUCAUACCCCUUCAGGUUACUAAAAAAAGGGUUGCAAACAAAAAGAACUUUGAGAAUAAGGAGGCCCAGAAUUCUUCUCAAGUCACCCCACUUCAGACUAGCCAGCCAGGGUCUUGUAAUGUCACCAAAGUGAUUUCACAGGAGAGUUCAUCAACUUCCUUAAAGUCCUCUCAGAUUGCUCAACCUGCAUCUUCUUUUCAAGUUGAAGUCGCCUCCCAAGGCCAUAGUGUGUCUCACCAUAAGCCAACACCAAGCUCUUCAAGAAGAAAAUCAAGAAAACUGGCUGUCAAUUUUGGCAUUUCUAAACCUUCUGAAUAAAUUUGGUACUUGGAAUAAAAUUAAUUUCUUUUCUUUCCAUUCACCUUUUGUAAAUCCAUAUAUAUGUCUCAUA